ACUGCGACGCGCGGACUUAAAAACUGCCAUCGAUAUAAAACAAAAAUUGUAAUCUAUUCAUUGGUCGUUGAAUUUUUUUUAAGAUAUAUAUGUUAUUUAACAGAGUUAUGCGUUUGUAACUGUAGUCUUUGUGUGCACACGGGGCUUAAUAAGUAUGUAAAUUAGAUGUAUAUCCACUGUUUGGAAAAGUGCUGAGACAGUUUAAUUCAGGCCGAGCGCUUUUUGUUGUUUUUCGUUUUUUUUUUUCAGAAUCAGAUUUUUAAAAUUGUCAUCAUGAGCAAAUCUAAAGAUGCUGGGGCUGCUUCUGUUAUUCUGAAUUACCUGAAUGAGAAGAACAGACCAUACAGUGCUCAGGAUGUCUUUGGAAACCUUCAGAAGCAGCAUGGCUUGGGAAAAACGGCUGUGGUUAAAGCCAUGGAACUCCUGGCACAGCAGGGAAAGAUCAGAGAGAAGGUCUACGGCAAGCAAAAAAUCUAUUUUGCUGAUCAGUCUCAGUUUACAGAUGUGAGUGACACAGAGUUGAAAAGCAUGGAUGGAAAGAUCUCUGAGCUCAAUUCCCAGAUCCAGGGUAUUCAGCAGGACUGCCGGCAACUGGAUGCAGAACUGAGGGAGCUGAACAGUUCUAUGACCACAAAGGAGCUGAUUUCCGAGAUUGAAGCGCUGAAAAAGGAAUGUGUCGAAUCCAAACAGAGACUGGAGAGGAUCAAAAAUGCAACCAAUCACGUGACUCCCGAGGAGAAAGAGAAGGUGUACAAGGAAAGAAGCCAGUUCGUUAAAGAGUGGAAGAAAAGAAAAAGAUUGACAAAUGAUAUAAUGGAUGCAGUUCUCGAGGGAUACCCGAAGAGCAAGAAGCAGUUUUUGGAGGAAGUUGGAGUAGAAACUGAUGAAGAUUGCAAAGUGACCGUGCCUAAUGUGUGAAAAGAAAAUCCUCUCAAAAGUGUACUUCUGCUUUCUUUCCACUUUCAAAAGAAAGGUUAUCAAACCAUAUAGCUGAGUCUCAUGUGGAUUAUAUUGAUUCGAUCCAUUCCUCAUCUUGAUGCUUGGAACCCAAACUCUUGAGCAGAUCAGUGGAAACAAGGCAUUAGAAUUGCACAAUGAAUAUCAAUCUGUUCUGAUUGUUCCAACAGGGCCUUUUGAAGGUUUAGUUGAAAUGACGAGGUUUCCAAAUCGCUGAAAAACCAACUGUUAAGAGUAAUUUUGACCAGGUUUCUUUCUUUCCUGUAAAUGUAAAUUCAAUAUAAAGCAUUAUUCUUUACUAAUUUAAGUUGUUAAACAUAAUUGGUUCUAGGUAUAGGUGUUUCCAAAUCUGUACUGUUAAGUUUCUUCUAUGUAGU